UUUUUUUAAUUUUUCUUUUCCUUUAACUUUUUGAUUUUAAGAAAGAUGUCAGGCAAAUCGCUUACAACCUUUAACGAGUUGAAUUGUUUAGAAUAUGGAACACUUAAGGUUAUUUUUUGUUAAAUUAUUUUUAAUUUUUUUAAAGAUACCUUAUGAAUUAUUAAACAAAAAAUUUCGAUGUACUCAACGAGUUAUUGACCAAUGCAUAUUCCAUUUCCAAAAAGAAUUUGAACUUUUAGAGCAAAAAUUGAAAGGGCGAACACAACCAAUUUGUUUGAAUGAGGUAUCCAACAAUAUUAGCAAAUUAAACAAGCUUAUUACACAAUUCAAAGACGACGUUAGUCAAAAAUUGACUGAAGAAAAUGAAUCUGGGGAAGUUUUGAAUAAACAAGCCGGCAGCAGUGACUCAACUGUCAGAAAAUCUUUCUACGACCAACGACUUAACCGUUUUAUUGUUGAACAUCUUUUACGGACCGGGUAUUUUGAAACUGCUCAACUGCUAGCAGAUUAUGUUGGAUUGGACAUUCAGGCGCAAAAGAGUGUUUAUCUUGUGGCUAGACAGGUAGAAGAAUCUCUUCGCAAUAAAGAUUUGACUCUUUGUCUAAACUGGGUUCGUGACAACAGAUCCAGACUUCACCGAAUCGGUAGCAGAUUGGAAACAGAAGUUAGAAUUCAACAUUGUGUGGAACUUGUGAAAAGUGGAAGAACGGCUGACUCGCUUAAAUAUGUCCAAUCAUUUUUUGGAAAUAAAUCUGAUCUUCAUGGAGUACAUUGGAUGGCUAAUACAAAUCUUUUACAUUUGAUGGGUCUGAUUGCUCUAGGCAAAGAUUCGAGUCGUUCAGAACACCAACCACUUUUAAGCGAUGAACGCUAUUCUACAUUAAUUCAACUUUUUCGCCUUGAAAAUGACCGAAUUUAUAAAUUUUGUACUCAAUCACCUUUUAGUGCUUGUCUUCAAGCUGGAAUUGCUGUUCACAAAACGCCUCAAUGCAAAAAAGACUCAAAUUCUCGAUGUAUUGUUUGCAGCAGUGUUUUUGAACUUUCUGAAGGUCUUCCCUACACGCAUUUGUCUAAUUCAAGGCUUUUUUGUGCUAUUAGUGGAGAACUUUUUGAUUGUGAAGAUAAUCGACCAAUGAUGCUUCCUAACGGACACGUUUAUGGAGAAAAAUCAAUGCGUAAAUUGGCAAAAAAUAAUGAAUUUGUUUGUCCAAGAACUUUAACAGUUUAUUCUUUAGAUGAUAUUCAAAGGGUUUUUCUUUUUUAA